AGAUGCAGAUUUCGUUAUACGUUUAUUAGAUUUUAAUUUGGGUCACUCCGUCAUUUUUUAUACUGGGAUCGCGUAAUAAACGUUAGCGUGUUUAAACAAGAUUUUGUAAUGAUAGUUGAAAUCGACGGUUUAGUUGUUGCUAAGGACUUAUGUAGUAAUAUGUAACUUGUACAGAAUCGCGUGAAAAAAAGUAAUCGUAUAUACGGGACAAUACAAAUCGGGUUCCAUUGUGUGGUAUAUUCAACAUACUCGUAACCCUGUUUCACUCCACUCGCCCUUUACAUGUUGUGUAUGUGUGCACGUGGCGAUUUUUCUAUCAUUUUUGUUUUCCGAUUAACCUGGUUCGUCUUUAUACGCGUCGUUUUUGUGCGCCUACAAUGAUAAUUAUUGUUGUAACGACCGCUAUUAACAUAUUAAUUCUAAACUAUGAUUUCGUACGGUGUGUGUAAGGUGUAUUUUAUUAUUUACAACCGCUGUGCGACGUCGACCGUCGUCCUACUAUAAAUAACCAAAAUCUCCCGCUGUUGUUUCCGAACAUUCCGCGGUUCUUCAGGGUUAGAGUACUACGAGUUAUCACGACGGUGAUUUGUAUAGCAGUCGGUCGAUUAUUUCUGUUCCGUGUUUUACAUCGCAAUAUUUUUACGUUUAUUCGAGCUACAUAAUUCUGUCACCACUGUUGCCGUGGACUUCUGACAAGUAAUUUUUUUAACAUCAAUUGGUUUUGAAACUAAAACGAUGUAUCAAUGGUGAAUUGCAGUGCAACCGUUUUCAAGUUUUGUAUGCAGUGUGUAUGCUGUUUUUCUACAAUUUGUGCACAAAAGAAAUGAUCACAUCGCAUCUACGAAAUGAACGCACGUUCUCACUGUCUUGAGUUAAGCGUUGAAGGCUUUCAAGUAGAUGAAGCUGUCUCCUGUCUAUUUCAUACUGUACUUCUACAUCGGUCACUUGGAAAAUUUUGUUUUGCCCCUGACGGUACAUAUACAAUGGGUACUGUAGGUUUACAAGAUGUUGAUUGUGAUUUCAUUGACUUUACAUAUAUAUGUUGUUCAUCACCACAUUUAGACCGCAAACUGCGAAAUGAUAUUUCAGAAUUUUCUGAAUGUCUUAGACGUGAUAAUCACACAUUUGGACAAAUCACAUUAGAAUUUUUUCAAAAAAAAAAAGCUAGAUGGCCAUUUCAAUCUGAAUGUAUACCUUGGGAAGUGUGGAACGUGCGUGUGGAUUUGUUGAAAAUUUGUAAUGAAACUAAUAGACAAAUAUCGAAGGAAAAAAUUAGUGAUUCUUUAAGUGACAAAAUAAUUUACAUAGCAGAAAUAAUGAACAGACAUGAAUAUUUACCUAGUAUACCACCUCAGUCGGAAUUAGAUUUAGUAUUUGAUACAUCAUUUGCUGAUAUUCAACCAUACUUAUUUAAGACAAAUUAUUUAACCAGUGGUGCAAGCAGCCCAUCAGUUGGAUCAGCUGUUCAAAAGCUUAUACGAGAUACAUUGUCAUUAUCGUAACGAUCAUUUCUAGAAUAAAUGUUAUUUUUCUGUUUCUACCAAUCUACCUAUUAGUGGUAACUUAAAUUUAGUACAAAGUAGAGUAUAUAAUAUUAGAAUUGUAAAAUUGUAAUACAAUUAAUGGAAUAUAUUG